AGGCCGCCCUGUCUGGGAGGCCAAGAAGAAAUUAAUGGUUAGUACCAAGAAACCUGAAGCACUUUUCCAGCUUGUAGAAAGCUCCAAGCAAUCUAUGACUAAGAAGGAGAAGCGGAAGCUCCUCAAUAAACUGACAAAAUCAACUGAAAAGUUGGAAAAGGAAGAUGAAAAUUACUACCAAAAAAACAUGGCGGGUUAUUCUAUCAGACUGAAAUGGGAAAACACACUAGAGAACUGCUACCAGAGCAUUCUGGAGCUGGAGAAGGAAAGAAUUCAACUUUUAUGCAAUAACUUAAACCAGUACAGCCAACAUAUUUCUCUUUUUGGCCAAACCCUGACCACAUGCCACACGCAGAUUCACUGUGCCAUCAGCAAGAUUGACAUUGAAAAAGAUAUCCAGGCUCUAAUGGAAGAAACUGCAAUUUUAUCCACAGAAAACAAAUCUGAGUUCCUGUUAACAGAUUACUUUGAAGAAGAUCCUAACAGUGCAAUGGAUAAAGAGAGACGAAAGUCUUUACUAAAACCAAAAUUAUUGAGACUGCAGAGAGACAUUGAAAAAGCCUUAAAAGACAAGGAAGGCCUGGAACGAAUGCUUAAAACGUACUCCAGCAACUCCUCCUUCUCUGAUGCAAAGAGCCAGAAAGACACAGCAGUGUUAAUGGAUGAGAACAAUUUGAAACUAGACCUUUUGGAAGCGAACUCCUACAAACUGUCAUCGAUGUUAGCAGAACUUGAGCAAAGACCUCAACCCAGCCUUCCUUGUAGUAACUCCAUCUUCAGGUGGAGGGAAAAGGAGCAUACUCAUAGCUAUGCAAAAAUAUCUCGGCCUUUUUUAAUGAAGAGAUUAGAAAAUAUUGUGAGCAAGGCAUCUUCUGGUGGCCAGAGCAAUCCAGGUUCUUCAACUCCAGCCCCUGGUGCAGCCCAGUUCAGCAGCAGACUUUGCAAGGCCUUAUAUUCUUUUCAAGCCAGGCAAGAUGAUGAGUUGAAUUUGGAAAAGGGUGACAUUGUGAUUGUACACGAGAAAAAAGAAGAAGGAUGGUGGUUUGGAUCUUUGAAUGGGAAAAAAGGCCAUUUUCCUGCCGCUUAUGUGGAGGAGUUACCUUCAAAUGCUGGCAACGCAGCUACAAAGGCAUAAAACAAGACUCUGAACAUACUACCUUCACACUCGGUAACCAACAAUACAGUGUGGUUCAAAUAAGAAUA